AUGGCUCCGAGAUGGGACAAAGGGAUCUGUCUUGCAGCCUGCUUGAUUGGCUUGCUACAAUCUCUCCCGCGACUUGCCUACGGAUUCUACACGGAGUCGCUUCCGCCUCGAUACCAGCACUCGCCAUCAAAGCGACCCACAGAACAACCGCUGCGUAUACGGCGGCGAUCAUCAAAUGCGCUCAACGACAGAAUUAAUAGAUUUACUGCCCCUGGCACGGCUAUCGGGAUUGCCGUAGAGCCAACCCGAGAUGAUGCUCCCAAGGCAACCUACAAACGCAACAGCUCACGGAAAGGAGACCGAUUCGCACAAACGUCACUUGCGCGAAAUCGGAAACGCACGACCCUGCAAAAGACUCCCGAGCAGAUCGAAACUCAAUUACAGUGCGCGUUACAGCAGUUGCGAAUCUUCAGCCAAAGUUUGCCGGAUCGGGAUGCUCCCAUCGACAUGUUAUUGUUUCCAACCGUGCGUGAGUGCAACGCAGCUUUGGCGGCCUUCGGCGACGCCCGGGAGCUCUUAAGGGCUCUCCGUUUAUUUGGUAAAAUGCGUAAAGCCACUGCUUUACAGGAACAUCUGCGGGAGCGGAUUAACUUUGCCUGGCCCGUUCCGGUUCCCACGCUGCAAAAACUUCUCGACAAAUCGGGGGAUACGAAAGCUAUUGAAGUGUAUACCGAGCUUAUGCAAUUUUUAAUUGACGGGAGCACCAACAGAGCAAGCACAUCGAAAUAUAGUCCCGAAAGCGGCUCGAAAGACGACAAUUCAAAUACUCUCUUGCUCAAAGUGUUCUUGGUCUUUCAAGAAAUGAAGACAGCUGGAGCCGAACCCGACGUGGCGUGUUACAAUGCUCUCCUCCGGGCAUGUGCCAGGGCGGGAGACUUUGUGCGCGCUCAGGACGUGCUGGCUCAAAUGCAAGCGACUGAUUUAUCGCCGAACGAUAAUUCCUGGCGUGAAUUAUUGCGAGCCGCUGCCAAGAUUGGACGAAGUGAUUUAGCGGAAUCAAUUUGGAGACAGGCAUUAGUGUACGGUAAUAGAAGGAGAUACACUGAUGAACCAGAAACGAAAUGGAUGCCGACCUUGAAGUCAUUUGCCGCUUUAGUAGCAUCUUAUAUGCGCGAAGCGGUCGACUCAUCGAAAGCCGCUCAAAUGCGACUGUUCCGUCGUGCUGUGAGUCUCUACGAGGCUGCAUUGUACGGCGAUGACGAUUUGGGUAUGAGUCGGCUAGAUGUGAAUGAGCUAUUGGACAGCCAGCGCACAAUGUUACUGAUUCUUCAAGCUACAGUCGCGUUGGAAGCUUUGAUCGUCUCAGACGGAACGGAUGAGCGUCGUGAGUUGCGUUCAACCGCUGUUUCUAUAUUAAAGCUGGAAUCCUGUCAACGAGUUCAAACCCAUCGACUUUCCUGGACAGCUUUGGAAGCCUAUGAUACAGCUCGAAAAUGGCAGGUCUAA